AUGGCCAAGCGCGGAAAGCGCGGCGGCGGCGAUGAGGGCAAUGCGCCCAAGCGCCCGAAGAAGAAGGCGCGGGGUAAGACGGAACCUGAGCCCGUGAAACCGAAGGAGAAGGCGGUGGACGUCACGCAGGCCUUCGUGCACGGCGGGGACAUCAAGGAGCUGGCAAAGGGCGCCGACAACCCGUUCACCGCCGAUGCGCUCGCCAAGCGGUACAAGGAGGAGGGAAAGACCGUGAAUGUGGACAAGGGGUUUAACUUCGCCAACCUGGUGACUGACGCCGCGGGCGCGUCGUUCUCUUUGUUGGGAGGUGCGGGGGACACUGUGCCCACGACCUCGGCGUUCGGGGCGCCCACCGCCGGCGGCUCCGUCGCCAACAGGUUCCGCCGGGACGGCCCUGGGGAGAAGAAAUCGGCACCGGCACCCGCGCCAGUCGAGCCCGAGCCCGAGGAGGAGUUGACCGCCGAGGAGAGGGAGGCGGCGAUCGAAAGGUUAGCCGAGGAACGCGCCAAGAAGGCUGCGGAGUUUACGCGCGGUAAGACGGCCGAAGAGGUGCAUUGGCUGAUCAUGGGCAUAACCCCCGAGGUUGUGGAGUCGGCAAAGUCGUUUGUGCGCCCCUUCGACACGGAGGAGGAGAUGAUCCAGGACUGGAUGUCCAAACGGGACGGUUGGAGGGAAGACUUCAAGCGCAAGCACAAGGACGCGCUCAGAAGGCAGAAGAGGAACCGACAGGGCGGGGACAAGUUUUACGAAUAGAGACAGUUUAAUUA